AUGUAUGCUUUGAAACAACCAUCUUUAAUCCUACUAAAUCAGGAAGAAACAUUGAUUGAAAUUAAUGAUAUUUCGCUUGAGGGACCGGAAAUAGCACCAUUAGUACCAAUAAUAACCAAAUCCGAUAAUCAAUUUAAAAGACUUUGCAAUAAGAUCUUUAGAAGGCGGCACAAGAAAAACAAAAGUGAAGAAUUGGUUAAUCUUUUAGAGUCAGAUGAACCUUCAAAAAGGAUUACUACGCUUUACAAGACAUACUUUUCACGAGGUAGUUUUAAAUCGAAAGAAAAACCUUCAACUAGCAUGUCAUUGAAACCAGAAUCAAGUAAUAGCUGGGAUCAGCAUACACACGACGCAUACACAUCACCAAUAUUUACAGGGAUUACCCCGAAUAAUGAUAGAAACAUUGUAAUUCGCCCGGAUACCGUAAAUGAGAUUGUUGCAACUCGCAUGAGUUCUUGGAGAGUCCAUGCUUCAAAGUCGCGAAAAUCUGCAACAAUCCCCAAUUCUCCACCGUUACCGCGUGCAUUUAGUGGAUCUCUGGCCCGAAGUUUUAGCUCCUUUGCAUCUCUGGUGAGACUUUGGCCCGUUACAUAUCUGUUGAGUGAUUACUUCAAAUCUUCGGACACAGAAACUAGAUAA